CCGCCUCCCCCACCAUGGACGCCACGGACGUGCCCCUCCAGGCUGAGAUGGUGGAGCUGGUGCCCAAUGGGAAGCACACGGCCGCGCUCACUGCCUCCACCGUCCCCUCGCUGGCGGGUGACAGGUUUGAAGAGAACCAGUCCAGCAUGGCGGAGAUGGAGGAGUUCCUGCCCCACGGUGCCGAGAAGAAGCAGACGCACUUUACCGAUUUUGAAGGGAAGACGUCUUUUGGGAUGUCCGUCUUCAACCUGAGCAACGCCAUCAUGGGCAGCGGAAUCCUGGGGCUGGCCUACGCCAUGGCCAACACUGGCAUCAUCCUGUUCCUCUUCCUCCUGACGGCAGUGGCCCUGCUCUCCAGCUACUCCAUCCACCUGCUGCUCAAGUCCUCCGGCAUCGUGGGCAUCCGCGCCUAUGAGCAGCUGGGCUACCGAGCCUUCGGCACGCCGGGGAAGCUGGCCGCGGCCAUCGCCAUCACGCUGCAGAACAUUGGAGCCAUGUCCAGCUACCUGUACAUCGUAAAAUCUGAAGUGCCUCUCGUCAUCCAGACCUUCCUCAACCUGGAGGAGAAGACCACGGACUGGUACAUGAACGGGAACUACCUGGUGAUCCUGGUUUCCGUCACCAUUAUCCUGCCCCUGGCCCUCAUGAAGCAGCUGGGCUACCUCGGCUACGCCAGCGGCUUCUCCCUCAGCUGUAUGGGCUUCUUCCUCAUCUCGGUCAUCUAUAAGAAGUUCCAGAUCCCCUGCCCGCUCCCUUUCGAGCAGGAGGGGAACCUCACGGGCAGCCUCAACGCCACCCCCGUCAGCACCAGUGACUACCAGAACGGCUACACUGUCCUCCAGGCCCCCGAGCAGCUCACCUGCACCCCCAGCUUCUUCACUCUGAAUUCCCAGACUGCGUACACCAUCCCCAUCAUGGCCUUUGCCUUCGUCUGCCACCCCGAGGUCCUGCCCAUCUACACCGAGCUGAAGGACCCCUCCAAGAAGAAGAUGCAGUGCAUCUCCAACAUCUCCAUCACGGUCAUGUACCUCAUGUACUUCUUGGCCGCCCUUUUCGGCUACCUCACGUUCUACGGCCGCGUGGAGUCGGAGCUGCUGCACACGUACAGCAGGGUGGACCCCUUCGACGUGCUCAUACUGUGCGUGCGGGUGGCCGUGCUGACAGCUGUCACCCUCACCGUCCCCAUCGUCCUCUUCCCGGUGCGCCGGGCCAUCCAGCAGAUGCUGUUCCAAGGGAAGGACUUCAGCUGGAUCCGCCACGUCACCAUCGCUGUGGUCCUGCUGACCUUCAUCAACCUCUUGGUCAUCUUCGCUCCCUCCAUCCUCGGCAUCUUCGGCAUGAUCGGUGCCACCUCCGCUCCCUGCCUCAUCUUCAUCUUCCCCGCCAUCUUCUACAUCCGCAUCAUGCCCAAGGACAAGGAGCCGCUGCGCUCCACCCCCAAAAUCUUGGCUGCCUGCUUCGCCCUCCUCGGGGUGCUCUUCAUGAUCAUGAGCUUGAGCUUCAUCAUCAUCGACUGGGCCACGGGGGGCGGGAAGAGCGGCGGCAGCCACUAGCCGGCACCGGGUGCCCAUGCCAACCUCCUCCCCACGCACCGGUGCCCCAGGGAAAGCCGGCC